ACAAGAAAAUAUAUCAUGGAAAGUGAGUUAGUGGUAGAAGAAAUGAAAAAUAUUAGUACUACAAUUUCUUCAACAUCAUCUCCUCAUGAUUCCAAUAAUAUUAUUCCUAAAACACCAAAAAGUCCAUUUUCUUCAAAAAUAUUAACGAGUCCUUUAGCAAGUGCAAGUCCAAUAAUGAAGAAAGCUUUAACAUAUAUGGAAGAAAUUGGUCAUCUUACAAAGCUUCAUGAUCCUGCUCAAGAUGCUUGGCUUCCAAUCACUGAAUCAAGAAGUGGAAAUGCAUAUUAUGCUGCAUUUCAUACACUUUGUUCUGGGAUUGGUGUCCAAGCUCUACUUCUUCCUCUUGCUUUUAUUACACUUGGAUGGAUAUGGGGGAUCAUAAGCCUAUCAUUAGUAUUUAUGUGGCAAUUAUACACACUUUGGUUACUCAUCCAACUUCAUGAAUUUACCCCUGGCAUUCGCAAUAGCCGUUAUCUUGGCCUCUCAAUGGCUGCUUUCGGUGAAAAACUUGGGAAGAUAUUGGCUCUAUUUCCAACAAUGUACCUAUCAGGUGGUACUUGUGUUACACUUAUUAUGAUUGGAGGUAGCACUAUGAAGAUUUUCUUCCAAACUGUUUGUGCUUCUAAAAGCCAUAUAACCACUCUAAGUACCAUAGAGUGGUACAUUGUGUUCACAGUUUCAGCCAUAGUUCUUGCUCAGCUUCCUAAUUUAAAUUCCAUUGCUGGAAUUUCUCUCGUCGGUUCGAUCUCCGCGGUGACCUAUUGCACCUUGACAUGGGUAAUUUCUGUUGUAAAAGAAAGGCCAGAAGGUGUUUCAUUUGAACAUGUUGAAAAUACAUCUGAUGUUGCAACAAUUUGUGCCAUCUUGAAUGCUCUUGGAAUGAUAGUUUUUGCAUUCAGGGGCCAUAAUCUUGUUCUUGAGAUUCAGGGUACAAUGCCUUCUAGCUUAAAGAAUCCAUCUCAUGUGCCAAUGUGGAAAGGAGUCAAGUUCUCAUAUUCUAUCAUUGCUUUGUGUUUGUUUCCAUUGGCAAUUGGAGGCUACUGGGCUUAUGGAAACCUGAUGCCAAAUGGAGGGAUAUUGAGUGCAUUGGACAAGUACCAUGGAGAAGACACUUCAAAAGUAAUUCUAGGGACAACAAGUUUACUGGUGGCAAUCCAUUGCCUUACCUCAUUCCAAAUCUAUGCAAUGCCAGUGUUUGACAAUUGGGAGUGUAAGUACACCAGCAAGAAGAAGAAACCAUGUCCAUGGUGGCUUAGAACAGGAUUGAGGGUAUUCUUUGGAUGCCUAACAUUUUUCAUAUCAGUGGCACUCCCUUUUUUGCCAAGUUUGGCUGGGCUUAUUGGUGGCAUUGCUCUGACUGUUACCUUGGCAUAUCCUUGUCUAAUGUGGAUAAUGAUCAAGAAACCUAACAGAUAUAGUCCAAGUUGGUUUGUUAAUUGGUCACUUGGACUUUUCGGAUUGGUUCUAAGUGUUCUUUUGGUAUCUGGUGCAAUAUGGACAAUAGCAACUCAAGGUAUGGAUGUCCAUUUCUUCAAGACCCAGUGAAUACCACAAAAGUUCGGGUAAGCGAUAAAAUCUAACUAGGAACAUAAUUGGUUGAAA